UUUGCUCGUCAGUUGAGACAGCAGCACAACGACGUCGAUGGACCCUCGAGCGAAUGCUGCGACUGCAUGGAGCCCCGUGAAGGACCUUGGCAAUCUCUUCGCGUUGGGGACCACUUCCAGCGAGCUGCAUCUUGUUUCCCUUGACUUCAGCGCCGUGGAUGCCGCUCCCCACGUUGUGGGUCUCGUGCCGACCCCGGCGCCAUUUCGAACGUUGGCAUGGAGUCCCGCUACAAAGCACGCCGCCGCACACCCUUGGGGACUUGUGGCAGGCGGGCUUGAGGACGGCACGGUAUCCAUUUGGGACCCGACACAGAUAUCCACUGGACACAUCGACGCCCUAAGUACCGUCUCCAAGCACAAGGGCGCCGUCACCGCGUUGCAGUUCAACCCGAACAAGGACAGCACACAUUUGCUUGCUUCUGGUGGCGCGGAUGGCGAUGUAUGGAUCAUGUCGGUCAACAACGUCGCGGCGCCCGGCGUGUUUUCUCCCGGAACCGCCCUUGCCUCCACGUCCGCUCCAUCCGAAAUCACAUGCGUGUCCUGGAACACCACCGCGCCGUACAUCCUCGCGACUGGCGACAGCAGCGGCCACGUGACCGUGUGGGACCUCAAGCAGAAGAAGCCGUGCUUCAACGUCAGCGUGUACGGCGCCAUCUCGUCGCUGGCGUGGAGUCCGCACGAAGGCUUCCUCCUGCUCACCGCCACGCGGCAGUCGCCUUUGGUGCACAUUUGGGACCUUCGCGCCAGCAACUCGGUGCCCCUCGUCGAACUGCAUGGCCACCACGGCGGCGGCAUCGUGUCCGCCGCAUGGUGUCCCCAUGGUUCAGGUCUACUCGUGACGAGCGGCACGGACGGUCGCACGUUAGUAUGGGAUUUGCAGACGCGGCAGGUCAUCCACGAGGUCCCGACCUCCGAACCGGCGGCGCACUUGACGUUUUCUCCGCAGUACCCCGGCCUAGUCGCGUUCACAACUGUCAACGAGCAUGCCGUCCACGUCCUUCAAGCCACGGCAGGCGCAACUUACCCUAUUUUGAAGUGGACUCCUCCUAUUAUUCCGUCCCCAGUAGCCGAUGACACUACUACCGAACCACCCGCUCUUCAAUUGUCGCCAGAACUAUCGAGUUUCUCGUCGACAGAAGUCGUUCCAAGUCGUUCCAAGUCUUCUGUGGAGCUUCCUGUCCUCCAUGACGACGUGGCGGCAGCGGCGACAUCUGUCGCUGCUUCCCCCGCUCGGUCGAUGCAUCCUCUUCCCGUCACAUCCUCCUCUGCUUCGUCGUCGUCCCCUGAACCCGUCGAUGCCCUUGUCUUUGCAGUGCACCAGCUGGACGAGUUGACUCCCGAUGCAUUUUGCGAUUGGAAGCUCACGACGCUGACGGACAUCGACGACGACCAAGCGCGGCACACGUGGAGUUUUCUCAAAGUUCUGUUUGAACCAGAUGCCAGAAAGCAACUGCUGGUACACUUGGGAUUUGACGGCGCUGCCGACCUCCCGUCCGCCAUCCUCCCGUCGCCAUCGGAUGUCGAAAGCGGUCCGCUGCCAACCUUUACGGCCGCGUCGGAAGCCUCCAUCACGCGCUCGCUCUUGGUGGGAAAUUUCGACGCGGCGGUGGACGUGUGCUUAGCCAACAACCAGCUGGCAAAUGCGUUGCUGUUGGCCACCUGCGGCGGGCCGGAGCUCUGGCAUCGCACACAGGAAGCCUUUUUCAGCCGGCAAACCAGACCGUUUAUGCAGAUUGUGGCGGCGAUCAUCAAGAACGAGCUCGACACGCUCGUGUUGCAAUCGGACCCGUUCGAGUGGAAACAAACGCUGGCCAUCCUGAGCACGUACUCCAAGAGCGACGAGUUCCCGGCACUGUGUGACCAGCUGGCGUGGCGGCUCUUAAAGUCAGGGGAUGCCUUUGCCGCCAGUUUGUGCUUUAUCUGCGCUAUGAACAUGCCCAAGACGGUGGAACUGUGGACGGCGGCGGCAUCUUCCCAUGGGCACGUCGCGGCCACCGUCCACCUCGUGGAGCAGAUUCACGUGCUGGCCCAGGGCACGGGGCAGGCGCCGGACCUUGAUGCCCCGGUGUACGAGGCGUUCGCGGCGCUGCUGCACUCGUGGGACCAACCGGUGCUGGCUCGCAAGUUUUCCAAGCAUGAUACCACAACGGGUACACGUGGCGGGUCGACUAGUAUUACUACUAGUAGUAGUAGUACUGCCAAAAAGGACGUGACGAUCGCUUCGUUCCGGUCGUCGCCGCCCAAACCGAUCAAGCUCGCGCCGGUAAGACUAGUACUACUACUUACUACCUAGUACAUGCAUGCAUAUAUACAGUACUCGAAUAGGACAAUGAUAAUUAUUCUACAUGAUCUUUAUAACAAUAAACAAUAGUAUAACAGUGAUAGUUAUAUCGGACGAGGGAGUGUAUAUAUAUAUAUAUAUAUGUAUUUACAGUUAGUAAGAGUUGUUUAUUUAUUGUCCUUUCGAGCUAAAUUUGGUAUUUUCGGUAGAUUCGACGAAAUCGUCGAGCGUCAUUUUACUUGAGCUAACUAUGCUCACUGUGACUCCUGUGCAAUACAACGUUGAACUGUUUGUGAAAUGCUUGGCAAUUGCACUGGAUACGCCUGUAAUUUGAUUGGUCGAAAGGUUUUUUUCGAUAAUUUCAUUGGCUACUUUGUUCCAUCGAUUUUGCUUCGUCGAUUCGAUUGGCAGCCCCAGUCCAUUUUGAAAUCGAAUUACCAAUGCUAAACUGAUGAUUUGUGUGCAGUUGGACACGCAUUUUGACCUGCCACGUCAUGACAACAUUGCGUUGAGCGAGUCGCCAGUGUCGCAGCCAGCGCCGUCGCCGCCCCUCCAGAACUCACAUGUCAAAGCUGACAACGAGCCACGCAGUGUCUCAGAUCAUCCGUCGCUUUCGGCUUGUCCACAGCAUCCACAAGCAACCCCAAGCUCCAACUUGCAUCCUCCUUCUUUGGAUCAAUAUCAACUGGAUGCCACAGCUCCAUCGCAUCGUCCAGUCGAGUCCACGGACGACGGCAUCCCUUCCACCAACACCUUCAUUGCCGACAGUUCUACCCCACUGACACCAGUGUCGCAGAUCCUCCAACACGAUGCACCACGUCCAUCAACCUCCUCCUCCCAUUCCGCCGAUUCCGUCGACCGCCCCCCUCCAUUCGUUCGAACUGCGGCCAUGGCCAACAUUUCCGAGGACGACCUUGGGAUUGUCGAAACUCUCACGGCGUUGCUGUCGUUGCUGUCGUUUCAAAAGCUGUCGGGUGCCGAAGCCAAGCAACUCGCCGAAGCCGUCAAGGCCAAGGACGCCCUCGUGGCCAAACUCAACGCGGCGGACUUGUCCCCCACGGUGCUCGACAGCGUCCACGACAUGGCGGCGGCGUUGCAGCGGCGCGACUUUAAAGCCGCCCAGCAGGUGCAUGUGGCGCUCACGUCAUCGCACUGGGCGCUGCAAAAGGAGUGGCUGCGGGGCCUCAAGCCAUUUUAUCAAUUGUGUACCAAACGAUUAAAGUAACAAACAUGUGUGUGUAUACAUGUACUACAUAUCAACAACACUCAAGGCGCAGAUGGUCAAGCCUUUUGUCCAUUAUCGAGUGGAGCCGUGACGGAUUGAACCAACUCGCGCCACUUUGCGAUGGCGCAGUGGUCGUGAUGGCUCGAGUGGUCGCAGGAGUCACUG